CUACCCUAUAUAUUAAAAUUCAGCAAAAUACUCCAUUUGAAACAUAGAAAGGUUUUGGUUUCAUAUUUGAUACAUUAUCUAUAACAGGUAAACGUAUAUAUAUCAAACAUGAAUUCCAAAGCCUCGCCUCUCCUCUCCUUUGCUUUUGUCAUUAUUUUCUUCUCCUCCGCCUCGGCCUUCAAUAUUACAAGGCUCCUUGGUCAAUUCCCGGAGUUUAGCACCUUUAACAACUAUCUCACCCAGACCCAACUCUUCCAACCAAUCAAUAGCCGCAACUCCAUCACUGUUCUUGCUGUCAACAACAAAGCCAUUGCUGGUCUUUCUGGAAAACCCUUGGAUGUUAUCAAGAAGAUCUUGAGUGUUCACGUUGUGCUCGACUACUAUGAUGUUGAGAAGCUCACGAUGCUACCCAAGAAGACUACUGUUCUCACCACCUUGUUUCAAUCUAGCGGGCUUGCUGUCGGACAACAAGGGUUCUUGGAUGUUUCGCUUGUCAAUGAGGGUGAGGUCGCUUUUGGGUCAGCGGAAAAAGGUUCAGGUCUCAACAUCAAGCUCGUUAAACCCGUGGUUGCUCGGCCCUAUAACAUCUCUGUGCUCGAAGUUACAUCUCCGAUAGUACCUCCUGGUAUAGAUCAAGCGGCCGCCUCACCCAAGAGCCCACCAACUAAGCCUGUUUCACCCACCGCUUCACCUAAGAAGUCACCAAUGACUGCUCCAACUCAUGCUCCGGCAAAGGAACCAGUUGCAAAGGCUCCUGCUCCCACUGAUGAGGUGACUGGUGAUUCCCCUAUAGAAUCACCAUCAUCUGCACCAGAGGCCGAUGCACCAAAUGCUGAUGCACCAAGCAGUGAUGAUGCAGCACCAGUCAGCUCUCCGGUACCUAGUGCUGCUGAUGAUGCUUCCACUCCCGCUCCAGCUGAAUCAGGUUCUUCACGCACCAAUGUAGCCUCGGGUUUCCUGAGUGUUGGGGUGGUGAUGGGUUUGGUGGCAUUGUCGGUGUCUUUCUAAUUAAUUUAAAUGCAUGAGGUAUAAUGAGAAAAAUUAAGCGGGACAGGACAAUACUGAAUCACAUAUAAUAUUGUUGGGAGAAAAGAAGUGUAGAUUGUUGAAUGGAAAUGCAUAUGAAUCACAUGACAAUACUAAUUAAUGAACGCAACGGGAAAGCUUAAUCAAUUCAUAA